GGCCUGAUAUGCCUGCCUGACACACACAACCGCAAACCAUAACACUCAACACAGACAGCAACAUCCUCAUUUCACCUGCUGUCAGACUAGUAGCUGUAAGAGUUACAACAGUCAGCUCUGAAAUCAUUUUCCUGCUUUGCAAAAAUGACAGAAAACUCCAUAUCCAAAAGUGAAAAGACUCCAUGGACAAGAACUAGACGAUGGUUGUGCUUUUUGACGCUGUUCCUCGUGAUCGUAACUUUAGUGUUACUUUGCUACGGUUCAAGCCUCGAGCCUUUGCACAUUUGGAUUUAUAAGAUUUGGUCAACCAAAUCUUACAACACUCAACAACAUAUGACUACAAAUGGCAGUACCUCACCAGCCCAGCCUUCAACAUCAGAGUACUUUGUGGCAUACCCACACCAGUACCAUUUCAUAUUGGACGAACCAGAUAGAUGUCAGCAGGAAAGCCCAUUCUUGGUUCUUAUGAUCCCAGUCGCACCUCACAACAGAGAGGCACGUGAUGUUAUCCGCAAAACGUGGUGCAGAGAAACCAGAGUGCUGGGUCGAGUGAUCAGCCACUAUUUCCUGCUGGGACGGUCUAAAGAGGGACAUGGGUUAGAGAAGCAAGUGUUACAAGAAAGCCAGGAAAAUCAUGACAUUCUCCAGAGUGACUUCUUGGACACCUACAACAACCUCACUAUUAAAACCAUGGUCAUGUUUGAAUGGCUCAGCAACCACUGCCCCAACACCUUGUAUGCCAUGAAGAUUGACUCUGACAUGUUCCUUAAUGUCCACAAACUCGUUGACAUGCUUUUGAAAGCCCCCCAACAUCUGUACAUGACAGGAAUGUUGGCACAGGGUGCUCUUGUUCUUCGAGACCAUAACUCAAAGUGGUUUCUGCCUUAUUCUGCCUUUCCUGAGUCCACGUACCCUCCUUAUGCCCUGGGACUGGGCUAUGUGUUCUCACUGGAUUUACCUAAAAAGAUAGUAGAGGCAUCUGCACAUGUAAAAGCUAUUUACAUUGAAGAUGUGUAUGUGGGACUGUGUAUGAGACAUCUAAAUAUUGCACUAACAAAUCCUCCUAAUGGUGGUCUCUUCAAGGCAAUAAUGCAAAAGGAGACGCGCUGUUACUGGACAUCUGUCAUUACAACAAUACUGGGCAGCCCUAAGCAGCUUUUAGAUGUAUGGGGAGCAUAUCAGACUCAAGUACAAGGGGGCUGUUGAACACCUCUGUGUGGCACAUCCUUUUAACAUUAAGGGACAUCCUCGACCUACAUAGCCCUCUGUUGUGCAGUACAGCAGUUACACCACUCUUUUUACAUCAUAAGUUUCUGCCUCAAUGAUAUCUGUGAGUGCAAAGUUCGGUUUGUAUUUUUGAUACUAAGACAGAUAUUGUGAGACAUAUCUUUUUCUACACACAUUUAGAGGCUAAGAAAAAAAUGUUCAUAUUUUAGGUAUUUGCAAAGAUUGCACAAAUCAUUAUUAAGAUUUCAAUAAUUAAAUAUUUAUUUCAGUAGAGAUCAAGUUUUAAAAUUGCUCUUGGUGGCCAUGCAGCUCACAGUUGUAGGAAGUGUGUGAUUAACCUGAGUAAUCACAUGAAGUUAGCAGGCCAAGUAAGUACCACACUGUGAGGUAAUGUAGUUGUUUGCACUUUAGCCCCUACAAGAAGAAUAUUAACCUUAAUGUUCUAUUUUCAAAUUCAUUUUAGUGGCAUGAAGAAACAGUAUGAUCGGUCCACAGGGGUGUGAUUUGCACAUAAUCACUGAGACCACAGCAACAUCCUUGCAGAUGAAGAGGCCCACCCACGCAGUUCUGCUGCAUGUGUGUGUAAAGGCGCACAACGUUACACAGUUCACACAGUGUGCAGCAAGACUGUAGUUGUAGUGACUGCAGUCCAGGAAUAAUCUGGAUAUCCACAACAUGAAUUCAAUAUUCUAUCAGGGAUGACCAAACAGAUACUACAACUAAACUAGAUUUUUAUGUUAGCUGGCCUGACUAGUUGUAACCAAAAUAUUCACCAACAAAAUAGCUUUUGCCAUACAAAGAACCCUUGUAGACAUAAGAACACCAUAUGUGAUGUGCAAUAAAUUGCUUUGGUUAAUGAAAAAAAUUUCAACUAAAAACAUUUUUGUGUUGCACACUUCGCUGAUAAUAAAGUGUGGUAUUGUUGAUUUCCUGAACAAUGGAAAGUACUUGAAUCAGAAUUGAAAAAUGUAUGCAUGGCCUGAACCAUGUACUGCAUGAGAUGUGGCUUCUAUCACUGAUAGCAUUUCCUGGAAUGACUCUAUAGCUCAUGUUAAAUCUAUUUCAGAAUGAAAAUGGAAAUGAAAUGGAAAUAAUGAAAUAACGUUAAAUUCCUUCACAGAUUAAACUUUAAAGUACUCCUCACAGAUGCAGGUGUUGGGCCUCAACCAUAGGGUCACACAAAGAAAGGCCUGCAUGCAAGUCACAAAGCCUGACAAGACAUUCAUGGUUCUUAGAGGAUGAAUCCUAAUGACUGUAGUGGUCCCCUCAAGUUUUCACCAGCACCACCAGCAGGUCAAAAAUUUCAAUCAUCCAGUCAAAUACGCCAACAUCUAUUCAAUGGGUUAGCAUAAAACUUGGAAGAGACAUUCACGGUUUCCAGACUACAUACCUUAAUGACAUUGGUGAUACCCUGACCUUUCCUAUUGCGUCACCAGCAGGUUGACAUUUUUUGUUUCACUCUACCACUGGAUGAAUUACUAUGAAAUUUUGGUACACACAUAUAUAUUCCUGUGUAGGGAAUAUACAUUUAUAAGAUAAAUUGUAAAAGCUUUGGUGAUCCUUUGAGAAUUCAUCUAGCACCAUCAUCAGGUAAAAGUUUUAAUCUGUUCAAAAUUGUAAAUUAAAUAAAUAAAUAAGGAGGAUAUAUUAGAAUUAAGUUAUGAAAGGUAAAAUGGUUUAAAUACCCCUCAGUCAGUGGUUGAAAGCAUAGGCAGGAGGCAUAGGCAGUGGUAUCCAGUGUGUUCUUUGAAUAAUAGUUGAGGUGAGACUGAGAGAAUUAGAAUAUUAUACUGUAUAUAUUUUAAAAAUGCCACAACCUGCAGUAAAAUCUUUAUCUAAAGAGAUGUUCUCAAUCAUUGACAAAAUGGCAGAAACUUGACAUUCCUCUAACUAGUAGUGCAGUGGUAUUUGUAUCUAGAUUGGAUAUCUGGACUUCUGUAUCAGAAACAACAAUUUUAAAUAUUGACCAUCUCUGACUUCUAAUGAUGCUGUGCAUAAAACCUGGAGGAACCUGGUGAUUUUGGUGAAUGUUGGUGAAUUAGGUUGUUUGACAGGCUCCUUAACAGUAGUAACAUCAGUUGUACUUAUCCUAGACAGCCCUCAUUAGCACUGCUGAGUCACCGAGCAUCGUGUGUGCACGUGUAGCUGUUGAAAAUGCAGGAAAUAGCCUCUUGUAUCAAGUUAGCCAUUUCCCAAAGUACUCAAACUCAGGAAAACCUCUGAAAGCCAUUAAUUUAUAAUUACUUAGUAGCUGCAAAAUGAUAGAUUUAUUCACUUCACAGAAAUCAGCUGAGCCAACAGCCACCGAAGACCUUUCUAUAAAACUCAAUCAGUGGUGGAGCUGCUACACUCUGUUAGAUGAAUAUUUCAUUUUAUGUGCCCCACCUUGCUACACUGUAAUAAAUAAACAGAUAAAUAAUUUCAUGAUACAAUUGAAUUGUCUGUGUCUAUCUAUGUACGAUUUGAA